UAUAUCUAAUCUUCUAAAAAAUUAUUACAGUAUCUAUACUUUUUCUUUGUAAUAUUAAAACUAAUAUUAAUAUGAAUAGAAUUAUAAUCGAGACGCGCGUUAGAUUUAAUGGCAUGGCUGAAUAUUCUAAUAAGGAAAAUUACGUCUGAAAAACUUUUCAAAUCUUAACUGUUAGCAUUACUAUCCUUGGGAACGGCGCAAACCGAGCAAGAGUAAAAUGCUUGAUGAAUCAACGAAUUAUGCCGCAAUUCACGAACGCUUCGCUGUGCUUUCCUCCGUAACAUAAAGACUUUAAUGACAUUUUAGAUUUUAAUUGAAGCCGCGCCGAGCUCAUUGCCCAAACAAAGAAGCGAAUGAUCUGGACGGUCCGACGCCGCCUGGGAUCUGCUUACAAAGCAAUCUUUUCAUCUGAGUCGAGAUCUACGGCGAAUGCUACCUAAUCUAAUCUCCGUUACGACGCCAAGUCGAAAUCGAACUUGGCAGAACCCCUGGUCUUCCCUCUGUCUGAGGGAUUCUCGUGGAAAUCGGGCAACCAAUCUUUAUCUUGAUUAUGCACCGCGAAAGCCAAUCUCCAAUCGAAAGUGAUUGCCAAGUAAGAUCAUAAAGAAUCAGAAUCUAUCGAGCAGUAUUUCAAUCUGCGAAACGGGCCGAUACUUUGAAUUUACAAUGAAAAUCAACACCGACAAUUAUUAUGUAUCGCUAUCUCUUUGAAUUCGUUACAAUGCAUAUCACUGCCAUUUGUGAGUAUCACGUUCUGACGGAGUCGACAACGAAAUUAUCAUUUGUAAUUUUUAGAAUUUUCCUUAAAGUCUUUACCUUAAAAAUAUGCAAACUUUUCGAUUUCAUUGAAGCCAUUCAUCGAGUUUCUUCUUUUCAUUGGCAUUAGAAUCGGUGGAAGAUUAAGAUCACGAACGCCAUUACUUUUCCCCGGUUUUCGAUGGUUUUUCGAGAUCAUCUAAUAAAACCGUCAGGGAUGUCGGAACAAAUGGGUCAACAGUUAGCGAAACGACCCGCGCAACGAGCGCCGCGCGUGAUAUACGCGUCGCCGACGUCUGUAAAACUCAAUAAAUUGUUUUUGGUUUAUGACGUUAUAAAUGGCACUAUGUUUACGAGAGAGGUGAAUUUAUGUCGCAGGUAAUAGAAUUAAUGGUAAAAUUAGACAGCUUAUCGAUGAGCCAGCGAGCGCGACGAUGCGCGUACUGUGACAACAGAAUGCUUCUAGGGCAUUCAGCGCGACAUAUGCAUAUCCUGUAUUUGUACGUCAUGACGUACGUUAAUUAAAAUGAUUGCGCGAACAUCUGGUAGGGUACUUAACUUCAAAUAUCGAUUGAGGUCGCGCCGCUACGCAUGAGGUGUUGAUCGGGCCGCGUGCAUGUGUCGAACAACCGUGACGCUACUUUGAUUCGAAAUAGAUAUUUCGUCACGAUUGAAUUUUCACGUUUCGUGCAUUAAUUAUAAUCGCUAUGGCCACAAAAGAGAAGCAAAAAACGAUUAUUUUUAGAUCCUCGGUGUUCAAUUAUUCACUUAACAAAUCUUGAAAACGAGUACAAUUUUUCAAUGUACAUAUUUUAAGAAAAUAAAAAUAAAAAUAUAACAAUUACAUUCUAAUUAAUCACGUUAAAAUGUAUCCGUACAAGCACAGAUGGAAAAAGGAACAAAUCGAUACGAAGACGAUAAUGCGAUUUGCUGCGGUCUAGAAAUUUCCGCGGUUAUUGUUCCCGCGGCAGAUCGAUGCUCACAGAAAAAAAAUGGUAAUGGAAAGUUCUUCCUGACGCCGGAUACAACUUUUUGCGGAAACGCUGCGUUCACGCAGUGUAUCGAGGUACGAUUAAUCGAAUAAAAAAUUUACAUUGCCGCCCGGAACAUUCGUUGGGGACUCAUAAUUUUACAAAUAUUAUUCGGGCGAACGUUAACGAGUCAAUUUGUUAUGUCACUUCGCAGACAAGAAGUCACAAUGAGGGCCGACUCGAAGAAUAAUAUUUUAACACCCGAUUGAACGCUGCGAGAUAGCGCGACGGAAUAUUCUAGUAGAAUAAACGCAAUGUGCAGCGAUGCGGGAAAGUGUGAAACCGUGUGCUUCCCCACUGCAUCGGUAUCGACGGAGAUUGGAACGAAAUUUAGGAAUACUUGCGGUCGUGCGAAUGAAAGUGGUCUCAGCGGAAACAGACAGCCGCGCCGAGGGCGGAAGUAGCUGGACCAUCGAUAUUUAAGUGUCAACCGUUGUAACAUCGGCCAUCAGUUCGAUCGAAACCGAGCGCGAUCGGGAUGGUGCGAGGCACGAUGCUAUUUCUUCCAUUCAUUGCAAUAUGUUCGCUCACGUUGCACACGACGACGUGUCACGCCCGGGACCUGACCAUUGCGGAAUCGCGCGUCAGCCGGCGCGAUGUAGAAGGAAAGGACCAUCAUGUAGAUCAUUUAGAGCCCACCGUGGAGUCGUCACAGAUUGCAGACGAAAUCGAUCUCGAGACGGCAGCGACCAAACACAAGGGCCAUCAUCACGAGUCUGGCGGUGGUCACAAACAUGAAUCUCAUCAUCAUGAAGAGCACGGUGGAAAGGGCGAAAAGGGACAUAAGAGCCAUCAUCAUCAUGACAAAGGCAACAGCGGUAAGCACGAUAAGGAGCACCACUCCGGUCAUCACGAGGAACACGGAGGCAAGAAGAAGGGUCAUCAUGACGAGCACGAAAAAUACGGCGAGCAUCACGAGGGCGAGAAGGGUCACAAAGGUGGAAAAUUCGGUGAAAAGAAAGGCCAUAAGAAAGGUCACAAAACGAAAGGAUAUCACAAUAAAUUCCAUAAAGACGAAUAUCAUAAAGAACAUAAGUUUUACGAUGAUUAUCAUAAGGGUGGACAUCACGAGAAGCAUGGUGAUUUCCACGGUCACCAUGAGAAGAAGGAAGGCCAUCACAAGAAGGGCGGCCAUCAUCAUUCCGGUUACCACGAAGAUCACCACGGCAAGAAGGGCCACCAUGACAAAGGUCAUCAUGAUGAGGAACAUAAAGGUCAUCACGGCAAGCACGGUCACGAGGAGCAUCAUUCUCAUCACGAUGCGUACGGCAAGAAAGGCGAUCAUCAUUCGGGAAAGAAGUACGGCUAUAAGAAAGGACAUUAAAGUUGUAUGUUUAAAUAUUAUGUAUCAAAAAGCGAUUAUUCGUUCUACAGUUACGAUUUAUGUAUGUACCUGCUUCAGACAAAGUCACGCGACGAUGUCGCGUGAUUGUUGUAUUUUGUACCAUUCUUUAUAUAGAGUAAACA